GCAGAGCACUGUACUAAGCGCCAAGUUGGCAAAUAUAAAGACGGUCCCUACCCAACAGUGGGCUCAGAGUCUUUUUGGUCCUCCACCAUGUCCGUCCGGAUGAGCCAGAAGACCACCGUCCGGAGGACCACCUCCUCCGGCCCGAGCAACUUCAGCAGCCGGUCCUUCGGCGGGGGCGCGGCCUACCGCUACCCGGCCCGCUUUGGGCCGGGGGGCUUCGGACUGGGGGGCUUCGGACCGGGGGGCUUCGAGGCGGUCAGCGUCAACCAGAGCCUGCUGGCCCCCCUCAACCUGCAGAUCGACCCCACCAUCCACCGGGUGCGGAAGGAGGAGCGCGAGCAGAUCAAGACCCUCAACGACAAGUUCGCCUCCUUCAUCGACAAGGUGCGGUUCCUGGAGCAGCAGAACAAGAUGCUGGAGACCAAGUGGAGCCUGCUGCGGGGCCAGAAGUCGUCCCGGAGCAACGUGGCGGCAAUGUUCGAGACGUACAUCAGCUCCCUGCGCAGGCAGCUGGAAUCCUUAGACCAGGACAAACUGAGGCUGGAGGGGGAGCUGGGAAACAUGCAGGGCCUGGUGGAGGACCUCAGGGCCAAGUACGAGGAUGAAAUCAACAAGAGGAACGAGAGGGAGAAUGAGUUUGUGCUUCUCAAAAAGGAUGUGGACGAAGCGUACAUGAACAAGGUGGAGCUGGAAUCACGGCUGGAGGCUCUGACGGACGAGAUCAACUUCCUGAGGCAGCUGCAUGAAGAGGAGCUGCGCGAGAUGCAGGCCCAGAUCUCGGACACGUCGGUGGUCCUAUCCAUGGACAACAACCGCCACCUGGACCUGGAAAGCAUCAUCGCCGACGUCAAGGCCCAGUACGAGGAGAUCGCCCAGCGCAGCAAGGCCGAGGCCGAGAGCAUGUACCAGAUCAAGUACGAGGAGCUGCAGUUGCUGGCGGGCCAGCACGGCGACAACCUGACUCGCACCAAGACGGAGAUCUCCGAGAUUCACCGCUCCAUCAGCCGCCUGCAGAGCGAGAUGGAUGCCGUCAAGGCUCAGAAUAAAGGGCUGCAGGCCUCCAUCGCCGAGGCGGAGGAGCGCGGUGAGCUGGCCCUCAAGGACGCCCGGGCCAAGCUGGAGGAGCUGGAGGCCGCCCUGCAGAAGGCCAAGCAGGAGAUGGCCCGCCAGCUGCGCGAGUACCAGGAGCUGCUGAGCGUCAAGCUGGCCCUGGACGUUGAGAUAGCCACCUACCGCAAGCUGCUGGAAGGCGAGGAGAGCAGGCUGGAGGCAGGGCUGCAGAACAUGAGUAUUCACACCAAGGCUACCACCGGCUACUACGGAGGUGGGCUGAAUACUACCCACAAGAUCCUGAGCCCAGGGGCGGGUUUCAGCGGCAGAGACUUCUUGCAGCCGUCCUCCCCCACCACCCCCCGUAGCACCAAGGGGGUGCUCCUGGUGAAGAAGAUCGAGACCCGCGACGGGAAGAUGGUAUCCGAGUCCUCCGACGUCCUCUAAGUGAACGGGGGCCUGCCCCCCGCCCCAGAGCCAAGACCCCCCGGGGGGUGCCUGGGGACCACUGACAAGGUUGGGGGGGAUUCACAGCCCCUGCCCCCAAAUUACCCCCAUCUUGGGGGGCCCGGGGUAAAACCCUCCUCAGAGAAGGAGGAAGAUAAGAGUCCCAGUUGGUGCUGUUUUUCCCCUCCACACCACGCAUCAGCCUGUAAAAGGUUUCGGGCACAGGUUUCGCUUCCGCUGGGCUCUCAAGUGCUCAGUACGUUAGAUGCUCAAUAUAGUUCGCUGAUCGAUUGA